CCAGUCCGUUGUGAGGAGAUACAAUUUUAGAAUUUAACCAUUAGCGCGAUGUUCCGGAAAAUCGUGGAACCAAUGUUCGUAAUCUCUCUCCUUAUGGUGUCCCUAGUGACCUCGGAAUACCUACCGCCCAUCGAAGAGAGAGAUCUGCCCACAGUGGGAAGUUUCUGCUCCACACACGGGAUUGCCAUUCAAGGGGAUUUCUGUGCGUCGUGCAAGCAACCAGUCUACUGCGACCCUACGGCAACCCCCACUGUUACUGUUCCCUGGGAUGAAUGCGACGACGAUUACGUAUGCGAAGAGUUUUCUCCUGGGCUAGCGACGUGCGUGCCAAGUAGUACUGCCACCACAUGCGCAUGUACAAGUAACAUGUGCGACCCGUACUCACCAUCCUAUGCUGCCGCAUGCAACGCAGGAGCUCUAGACAACAUAGUCGACUGCGCCACGGAGGCAGGGACACAAACUUGCGCCUACGGUCUGUGCAUCGAUUGUACGAAGGCUUCGGGGGAAUGGUACAUUGUAACUCCAGACUGCAACGCUGGUUACCUAUGCGUUUCAGGUUCCUUGGCGGCUACUCAACAAUGUAAAGAGAAUGAAUACUUGACCUCUGAGGGAAAGUGUGAAUCUGCUCCUCCACCGCCUUGCCUUGAUUCCUGCUCCCGCAACUGUCCAGAUCCCACGAACUGUAAGCAAUAUUACUACUGCGAUGGCGAUGGAGGGGUUCUCAGCGGCCCUUUUACUUGUGAUCCCGAUGAAUAUUUCGACACCGCAACCAAGCAGUGCGCAAAGGGAGACUCAAGCGUUUGCGAUCCUCUGACCCAAUGUGCUUUUGCUCAACCGUUAAAUGAUACUCUUUCGCCGCGCUUUUAUUGACCGCCAAACAGUCAGCGCUGCCGACAUAACUGAAGGUGAGACUACUUCUUUAUGUGAAUGUGAAACCACUU